UCACAUUUGAGUCAUGGGUGCCAUGGCCGAUUUAAAAUCAACUGAGCUGGGCUGCCCAAUAAGGAGUUGCAUGAGGCAGAAGGUGACAAGCAGGGGCGGACUGACAACUCAUGGGGCCCCUGGGCAAUAGGGGAUCAUGGGGCCCCUGUGUCCUUGCCCAAACUCAAAAAAGCCUAUGAAAAAGGUACCAGGGGCAUCUCAUGGGGCCCCCUACUGACCCCGGGCCCUCGGGCAGUGCCCGAGUUUGCAAAUGGUCAGUCCGCCCCUGGUGACAAGUCAACCUUCAA